GGCCAACCUACGCAACGCGCAAGGCACAACUGCAUAGCGGGUUGCCUACAGCGAAGUAAAUUCAGUUUUCUAUUGACUGUUGCAGAGAAAACUUGGGUCUGCUGCAUUUGCACGAUAAAUAUCGCUGAACUACUUUUAUCCGGAUUAAAAGUAUUUAAAACUGACUAUUGAACCUGGAUCUUUCUGUAAAAAUGGGGGAUGAACCAGUGAUGGCAACAAAUGACGAUGCCAGCGAAUGUAAAAGGGGUGCAGUUCAACUAGGAUACUGGAACGACAAAUACAUCCAAUACUUUGUAAAGCAUGUGGAAAAAAGGGCCCCAGAAAUAAACAGGGGCUACUAUGCCAGAGUCAAGGGUAUUGAAACCUUUGUACAGAAGUUCAUCAGUAAGGCUGGAAGCUCAGCACAAAUAUUGAAUUUUGGGUCUGGAUUUGACACAUUAUAUUGGAAACUUAAGGACGAAGGGAUACAAAUUGCUAAUUUUGUAGAGGUAGACUUCCCUUCAGUAACUGCAAAAAAGUGCUACCUAAUCAAAAAGAAUAAACCCCUGUUGGAUCGAAUAUAUGACCAGGAUGGUGAGGUGAAGCUAAGUGCUACAGAUAUACAUGCUGGAAAUUACCACUGCAUUGGGGCUGAUAUUCGAAAUAUAAAUCAGCUGGAAGUCAAGCUACAUCAGGCUGAAGUUGACUUCAACAGACCCACAUUGUUCAUUGCAGAAUGUGUUCUGGUUUACAUUGAAAAUGAUUGUGUUAAUAAACUUUUAUCAUGGAUAUCGUCCAAAUUCAAAACAGGGCUUUUUAUCAAUUAUGAGAUGUGUAAUAUUAAUGAUACAUUUGGGGAUGUUAUGUUAGGUAAUCUCAAAGCAAGAGGUUGUAACAUGGCAGGUAUAGCAUAUUGCAAGAACGUAGAAUCACAGAAAUCGAGAUUCCUGAACAAUGGAUGGAUGGGGGCAAAAGCUUGGGAUAUGGUUCAGAUUUACUAUUCUAUACCUGAAAAUGAGAGGCAGAGGAUAGAACGAAUUGAAUUUUUGGAUGAGAAAGAAUUGCUUAUUCAGUUAUUUCAGCAUUAUUGUAUCUGUUUAGGGUGGUUGAGUCCUGAGUUUGCAGACUUUAAUUUCAACUGUUCUGAUAAUUAAAGUGUAUGAUUAUUUGUUGUAGUUUUCUGAUGUCAAAAUGUGAUUGAAAAUAGUGUAUUUGUUCUUAUAGUGGAAAUAUUGAAAAGCAUAAACAAGUGGGCAGCUCACAAAAGAAGAAACUAGUAAAUACCUGCAUUUUUAAAAUGAUUUCUGUCUUUCCACCUAUUGAAAAUAUUUAGACUGUAGUUUGAAUUUCUCAGGAAUUAAAACAAAAUUUUGUUUUCUUAACAAUACCACAAGGGUCAGUACCUGGAUUGACACCAUUUAUUUGGAAAACAACAUUUAUAGCAAUACGUUUUGAUUUUAUAUAUUUUACCUUUUUGGUGUUCAAAUAAAAAAUAUAUUUAUAUUUUUAUGAAGGGAUCGACAUAUUUAAUAUGUUGUAAAUUGCACACAAAAGUGAGAGUUCAUAUUCCUUUGUUAGAUACUAAUAGAACUUUUCUGGCAUCAGAGAAGCUAUGCUACUUUUCUGGAAUAUGUAAAAAGUAUGAACAUAAAAGUCUGUGAUAUUUUGUGAAAAUGCUUUGUUUUAAAUUAUGUAUGUUAGUUUUGUAAGAUUAUACGAAUUACUUUCUUGAUGCUUCGUUUUCCUCGAGUAAUUUAACGCAUCCGUUUUCUUUAAAUUAUUCACUUAUUUUUUAGUAACAUUUGGC